UCCCAUCUAUUUUUUCCUGUGCUGUGCCGCCAUUCUUGCAUUGCUCUGUCUUUUUUCCCGUCCACACCCCUUUCUCUCUUUCCAUUCAAAAAUCGACUUCGUUUCCCUUUCUUCUUCCUUUUCUUCUUUUUCUUUCUUUUCUUCCUCAUCCUUACACUUGACACCUGCAAUCAUCUGUUCAAUUCCUUUCACUUUUGAUCAUAUACCAUACGCAACAUUUUUGUUCCUGAGCAUCAAUUGCAUUCUCUCUCUCUCUCUCUCUCUCUCUCUCUCUCUCUCUCUUUACUUUCUACCCUCUGUCAUCCUUUCUCCCUCUUCCCUCCCUCGAUUAUUAUUAUUCCAUAAGCCGUUAUGAUUUCCGCAUCCAGAAGAUACCACCCACAGUCCGAAUUGCCAUUGGGCAAAGUAGAUGACAAGGGCGCCUAUCAGCUGGUGGAUGGAAACCCAGGUGUGCGUGAUGCAGUCUCGUACCCGGAUGUUGGCGCCUUUGACGCUCUUUACAGACGUCCUCAUGACAAUCAUUCCUCGGUCGAAGAGAUGAGGAUGACAUAUGCUCUAUUCCCAGAGUUGAGCAGUCUUGAUAUGCCCUUGGAUCCCUCAUCCCAGUCAUCAUUACCAUUGACGUCUUUUAUGAACAUGCCUCCAAUCCAUGAGGGCCCCUCGCUCUUUAUGGAAUCGAAUCCCAUCACUGAAUACUCUGAAUAUUCCUAUUUCUUGCCGUCUUCUUUCGACAGCAACUUCGAGACAAUUCAUUGCUCACAGCUUGAGGUUCAAGAGAGAACCCCAUACAAUUUUUUUGCUGCGCCAACCCAUCCCAAUAAUUUUUACCCCACUGUACCUGUUUCAGCAAUGGCAAGUCCUGCAUUCACAACAGGGGAUGAGAAUGAUGUUAUGGAUGUUUCAACAGCAGCAACAGCAGAGGCAGACUCGGAUACAGAGAUGGAAGCAGAUGAUGAGACGGUGUUCAGUUUGAAGAAGAGGAAGAAGAACAGAUUGACAUCAAAGACGACUGAUCAGCGUAGGAGGAAGGAAAAGGCGCCCAAGGUUUAUACGUGUGAGUACCCAGGAUGCAAUCAUGGCAAACCGUUCAAACGGCUGUUCAACCUUCAGCAACACCUCAAGACCCACUCGCAAGUGAAACCAUUCCAAUGCGACGCACCUGGUUGUGUUUAUGCAUCGAUCCGUCGUGGAGACCUCAAGAGACAUUUGCGUGGACAUACUGGCGAGACUCCUUAUGGAUGCCCGGUUGAGAAUUGCAUGAUGCGUUUUCAGCGAGUCGAGGCUCUGACUCGUCAUAGAGCGAGAGAUCAUUAAGCUGAUUCAUUAGCAUAGCAGACACGUGAAAGGGAACAAGCAUAUAAACAUAUUUAUUCCACCAUUUUUUAUGAUAUAUAUUUAUACCUUUUU